CAAUGUAUCUACCCAAAUGAGAGGAGAGAGAGGAAUCAAGUUUAUACUCUUCUUGACAUCAGCGAGAAUGUAUUUGAACAAGAUGAAAGGUCCUUGGAAUAUGUCAUCAGGACAGGAUGGGAGGAAGCUAGCAGAUGCUGCAGCUCAGAAAGAGCCCUGAUUAGACCGCUUCCUGAUUGGUAUCUCCCCUGCAUCAGCAGCUGUUUGGUCCAUUCCCUUGCAGACAAAGCUGCCAGAUCCUGUCCACCCAGGCCUAGGGAGGGGGUCCAUAGGGAGGCACUGUCUGUGGCUGCAUCCUGGGCUUCUGCCAGCUGUCCUGCCACCAUGACAGGGAGCGACUCUGCCCCCCACCUCCAGUGAGUACCACUGACACAGGUACAAGGCUGGGGUAAAGCUGCUCCGUUUGCUUGCGUUCAGUUGCAAAAGCAAGCUAAGAAAUCAAGGGCAAAUGAAACCGUCAACAGUUGCCUGUUUUGCUUAGAUAUGAGGCAAACUAAUGACAAAAGUGAGAGCCAAGAAACCAAGACUACAAGAGAUCAAUCAAAAUCUGUUUGCAAAUUAAGCACAUGUGCUAUAGAUGAUACCGUUUCAGAAAAGAAAGAGGUUCCAGUCCAUUUUAGUGAGUCUUCCAAUUGUUCUACAACAGAUGGAACUAAGGGAGAAAGCUGUAAUGGCAAGUUGUGCUCUAUUCAAACAUUUCAAGGUGAAAAGAAAAGUUUGCCAAUAAAGGAAUACAGUAUAUGGCACCCAGAAAAAAUGAAAAACCCAGAAGCCCUGAAAAGUAAAGCUGUAAAGACCCCUGAGCCUACCAUGCCUGCUCCAGAUAGUUCUGAAUCUUCAAACUUAAAGUCUUUGCUGGUAUUGCCACCAGUGAAAGAUGCAACUCCAAAAGAUAGUGCAGAUCCUUCUUUUAAGAAGAAUAAAGCAGCUAUCUCCCAGGCAAAUCAGAAAAUGCUCCAUGCUACUUCAGCUGAGACUGCUUCCAGUAGUAAGGGUACUAAAACAAUAGAACAAAAGGGGGAGAAACAAACUGACUGUAUCAUUCAUGAUACAGUGAAGGAGAAACAAAUUCACGAACCAUCAUCCUUUGUCCCAAAGCUUCCAAAAGCAUCAUUCCUGCAAGAAGGCCCUGAGCAGUUACACUGGCCCUGUGCUCUUUGGCCAGAUAGAAAAAUUAUAACCACUUCUAAUUCUGUUUCUUUGAGAAAGUACAGUCAUCUUGGUAACAUGCAGUAUCUGCAUACAAAAGGAAUACAGUACACAAAAUAUGAUGAGAUCAGAGGUCCUUUCACCAACAGUAUUAAAAACAGAAGUCUCUCAGAGGCCAAGCAAGGAAAUGAAUCAAACACACAAGCGGUGCAACUGCUUCCUGGACUAUUCCCUUCCUUAACGGUAAAAGGCUGCUGUAAAGAUGCUCCCUUCACCUGCUACCAAGUACAAAAUAAGUCUAAAAAACCAAAGACAAAGGAAACAGUCACUCACUUACCUCACAUAGAUAUAGCACCAUCUACCAAAAAAGAAUUGGCCCAGGCAACCAAGUCUAUAAAAGAUCGAUCAAAGCCUAAUUGCAAAUUAACUACACAUGCUGUAGGAGAUACAGUUUCAGGAAAAGAAAAGGUUCCAGUCUGUUGCAGACACUCUCUCAAUUUUGCUCCUAUGACAGAUAGCACUAAAGGAGAACGGAGUAAUGGCAAAUUGCAUGCUACUCAGACUCUUCAAGGUGAAAAGAGUACCAAGAACUUGCCAAGAAACAAGUACAACAAAAGGCAACUGAAAAAGAUCAUAAAAAAAGCCCUGAAAUGUAAAGAUAUGAGCCUGCUACAUGUAAGCCAUGGUAAUCCUCAUGAAAGCCUGAGAUGUAUGACCUUAAAGACAUUACUGGUUCUGCUUCAGCUGAAAAAAACAGCUCCCUGUUUCUAUCUAGAACCUUCUGUUAAGAAGAGGAAAGCAAUGUCCAUCCGGGGAAAUGAGAGAAGUCUCAAUACUGCUGCAACUGAACCUGCUUCCUAUAUCAUAGUACUAAAAGCAAGAGGGUGAAAAGUGACUUGUUGACAGCAUGAACAAUACAGAGAUGGAUCAAAUAAAAAUCAAUGCACCACCUUUUUUGGUCCCUCACUUCCAAAUGUCUCAUUCUUCGAGAGAUUUCACAUGUCUGUUCUGCAGUAGGUGUUUGGGUGCUCCAAUGCACAGUUUUUACUCUGUGCUUUCUCUCUCACACACACACCAUGUAGGCAUAAAGAGCUAAGCUGCCAGAGACCCUCUUCAGUUCCUUCCUACCACCCGUGACAGUUUAAAGCUCCCGGUCCUUGCUUCUGCAAGUCUUUACUUGAUAUCUGUAUAUAGGACCUGUAGAUAGUGUUGUGAAUUUAAAAAAUAAGUUUUUGUGGUUUUGUGUGGUUCUGGCAACCAGUUUGGUGCUGGGCCCAGUAUUGGUGAUAUGCCAUGUUCUCCAGAUUUCAAGCUCUGCCACUCUUGUGGCAAGACAAUGCCUAAUAGUGACCUUCACCCCAACUGCCUUGAGUGCUUGUGGGAAGCUCAUGUGAGUGACAAGUGUGGCGUUUGUAAGGUUUUCAAACCCCAUUCAAAAGAUAGACCGGGCAGCCAAAUUAAAAUAUCCGCCUACUGAAUUGGUACUACGGCCUCCAUCUCACUACUCUACCUCGGUCAGGGUACCCAUCACAGCUGUGUCAGUCAGUAGUAUAUUUCCAGUCUACUGAUACUGAGAGGCAGAUCGGCCUCACAGGUGCCAAUGAAGAGACAUUGGAAAUUGGACUUGGUACCAGGGUCCUCAAGAGACUCAAACAGGAUAAGGUCCUCUAAAGACUGAGGAGGGUGUUUAAAGGAGGAAGCACUUCUAAACAGGAGAGUUCAUUGAAUCCAAAGCCCAGCGUAGGCCUGUUGAGACCAGCUAUUGGAGCACCUUCAUUGGCAUCUCCUUGUGCCAUGUGUCUUCCCAGUACCAUAUACUCCUGAGGUGUUUGAUGCCAUCAGAGAGUUGUUGAAACUCUUGGUGCUGCCAUCACCGGUUCAAGAGACUCACCUGACACCAUUGGCUAAGACACCUUUCAGCACCUUCACCUCCUCACUGAGCAGCUCCAGGGUGCCAGUUAGGCUAGCACCAUCUAGGGGAAAGCCACAGAUCUCCCAGGCACCCCUGUCUUUAGGGUCUGAGCUUCUUCACUGGCACCAAUCGGCAUGGCAUCAGCUUGAUCUCAAGAAGCAGCUUCUUCCUCACGAGAUUUUGAAGUGAGAUCCUACGUAUCCCAACCUAGUCGGUCCCAUCCGGAGGAGGGCCCUGAUUUCUGCAUCAGUAUCAGCUGGGAACUUAUAGAAGGGACCUUUGGACUAUGCCUGUUUGAGGACUGGGCCAUACCAAUGGCCCUUUUGGAACCCCUGGGACGUCCUCCCUACAAUCAAGAAUGUCCCUGGAGCCAUCUCAGCUGGCUUCAUCUGCUGGGUAUCAGGAGCAUCAUCCCCAUAAGCACUAUAGUGUCCGUACUGAGCCUGGCACCAAGCAGAGUCAGGAUCCCUUUCAUAAACAGCCACAAGAGAAGCGGCACUGGACCAUCCCCUGUACUGUUAACAUCUUCUUCCUCAUCCAUGAAUGAGGCAACUGUAGCGGAGCCUAUUUCUUCACCUCUGGAUGAUUUUACGAUUCCUCAGGAGUUGUUGAGGAGAUGGCUAUGGCCAUAGAUAUCCACUCAGACGUGGUCUGGGAAAAAUCCACAAGCUGGUGGACAUUCAGACAUCUGCGGCUCAAGCUAGAAUAGCUCUGCCGAUAAAUGAGGCUUACAGCGUACCAAGGUCCUCUGGCAGACUCCAGCGUCCCUACUACUGACUGUGAAAAGAGCAGAGAGAUGACACUAUGUCCCCUCCCAGGGUUUGAGCACCUAUAUAACCAUCAUCCUCCAGGCUCCCUUGCAGUGCCAGCAGCUAAUGAAAAAGACAGACCAUGGCACCAGGCUUCAACCCCAAAAAAUUCAGACGGAGAGAAUCCUGACUUAUUUGGGAGGAAGCGUCAUUCCACAGGCAGAUUACGGCUUUAUUCCAGAAGGGUAUUGCAAACCAGCAAGACUUGCUGGGAUGCUACAAUUUCACCCUCUGAGAUACUGUUCUGAAGUUAAAAGAAGCUCCCAGAUGAAAGGUGUGACUAGUUAGACUCUCUUUCAGGGAGGUCACCUGAUGUACUGGGGUUUCACUGGGCCCCUCCUGCUCUACCAGCCUGGAUUCCCUCUCCCUGUUUUGCUGAAUUAGGGUCUCCGGCCUCUUGCAGCGCACACACACACAGACACAGGCAGGGGCACACCCUACUUUCAUGUGGCAAUUCAUCAGGGACACAAAGUUUCUGAGAUUGACUAUCAGUGGCCACCAUUAUCAGUUCACGGUCCUCCCCCCUUGGGGUUCUCAACAGCCUCACAUGUUUUUACAAACUGUAUGGCACUGGUGGCAACAUUCCUCCAGAGGUUAGGGGCCCAUGUAUUCCCUUACCUGGGCAACUGGCUGAUAAGUGGUCGAUCCAGGUCACAGCUGGUGUCCAGCAUUCGCAAAAUCUGAUCCACCUUUGACAUGCUAGUCCUCCUGAUCAACUCAGACAAGUCAGUCCCAUCUUUAGAACAGAAAAUAAAAUUUAUUGGAGUGGUCCUGAACUUGACAACAGCCAGGGCUUUACUGCUGCAGACAAGAUUUCAUACAAUGCAAAGCCUCAUUCUGGACUUUAAAGCAAGGCUUAUCCUCUCACCAUGAUGAGUUGUUGUUUAAGGCUGCUGGGGCACAUGUCAGCAUGCACUUAUAUGGUCCAGUAUGUCAGACUGCACCUCAAAUUCCUUCACAGCCAGGUGGCAGAAGUAUAUUCUCCAAGAAAGCACCACACGGACAUGUUAAUGCACGUACCAAUUCACAUCCAAUAUUCUAUGGAUUGGUGGAUGGACUCGACCAAUGUAUGCAUGGGAGUUUUUUUGCCCCAUCUCACACUCUUAAUUUAGUCACAGAUGCAUUGGACCUGGGAUGGGGAGGGCUCAGCUGAGCCACCUGCAGAUGCAGGGUCUCUGGUCUCCCGAAGAGCUCAGUAUGCACAAACAUCAGGGACGUGUGGGCUAUCCAUUUAGUUUCCAUGACGUUCCUUCCUUGCAUUAGGGGAAGGGGCAUAUUGUUGCUCACCAGCAAUACAACCACCAUAUUUUAUGUAAAUAUGUAGGAGGAGCCCAGACCUCACUAUUCUGUUGGGAAGCAAUCCUGCUCUGGGACUUCUGCAUCAGUAACUCUAUACUUUGAAAAUGGCCCACCUCCUGGGGACUCAGAAUAUGCUGGCAGAUCACCUGAGCAGGUUGCUUAUCCAUGACUGCUCCCUUUGCCCAAACAUAGCAAGGUCCAUUUUCCAGCUCUGGGGAACUUUCCAAGUAGAUCUAUUUACAACAAGGGACAACACAAUGUCACCAGUUCUGCUUCAGAGCAGGACACAGCCCAGGUUCAUUGAUGGAUGCUUUUGUAUUGCAUGCUUUUCUCCCAUCCCUCUUCUGACAAGAGUUCUGCACAAGGCCAAACAGGACAAGGCCAGUGUUAUGCUAAAGGCCAUGGCUUGGCCCCACCAAUGCUGGUUUUCACAGCUCUCAGACCUCUCAAUCAGUCCCUGUUACUCCUCCUUCACACAGACCUAGUUUUGCCAAAUCACAGCCACCUCUUCCAUUCCAACCUUCAUGCUCUUCACCUGACGGCCUGGAGACUUCAUGGCUAACAUCAGCAGAGAGGUCCUGCUCCAGAGAAGUGCAGGAAGUAGUGCUGAACAGUACAAAACAAUCAAUGAGGACAACUUACCUGACUAAGAGAGAAUUUUUCCACUUGGUCAAGGCUGAAAGGGGUCGCCCCCAUUCUUACUUCUAUUCAGCAAGUGUUGCACUAUCUUUUCUAUCUGAAACAUCAAAGAUUAGUAGUUAGCUCCAUUAGGGUACACCUAGCAGCUAUAACAGCAUUUCAUCCUUGUGUGGAUAGCCACUCCUUUUUUUCCAACCUGAUUUUGUAAGUUUUUUAAAGGGUUUGGAUAGGCUGUUUCCACAUGUACAGAGUCCUAUUCCAGCAUGGAGACUAAAUUUAGCCUUAACAAAGCUGAUGGGUCCCACCUUUGAGUCUCUAGCAACCUGUUACACCUUUCAAAGAAAGUAGCAUUUUUAAUAGCCAUUCUAUUGGCCAGGUGAAUAGGGGAGUUCAGGGCAUUAGUAUCAGAUCCUCCAUAUGUUUUUUUUAAUGCAGACAAAGUCUACCUUUGUCCACAGCCAAGGUUUUUUUUGUUUUUUUAAAUGAGACAAAGUCAUCUCCUCUUUCUAUACAAGCCAACCAGUUUUCUUAACCUUUUUCCCAAAGCCUCAUGGUAAUAAGGGAGAGGAGUCAUUCCAAACUCUAGAUGUUGGAAGAGUGUUAGCAUUCUAUUGGAACAGACUAAAAAGCUUUUCCAGUCUUUGUCUCAAUUUAUUGUUGUAUUUGCGACAGAACGAAGGGCUGCCUGGUUUCCAUGCAAAGGAUUUUUGUUGUAGAUAUCUAGUUGUAUUCGCCUAGGUGACCAGUUGGCUAACAUGAACCCUCAGGAUAGAGUAUUGGGUCAUUUGACUAGAUCCAAAGCUGACUUUAUGGCAUUUCUGGCUCAUGCACCUGUACUUUGCAGAGUAGCAACCUCUUCAGCAUUGUCACACAUUUGCCUCCCACUAUGCAAUCUCUCCGCAGUCUCUAGAUUGUUAAAUCUGGACGAACGGUACUUCAGUCCCUGUUCAAAUUGACUCCAAACCCACCUCCAGAUGGGAUAGCAUGAGUCACCUGCAGUGGACCGGACAUCAGAAUGGUUCUUUCCAGAAUGGUUGUUCUUCUAAACGUGUUGCACAUGUCCAUUCCACAACCACCACCUCCUCCUUCCCCUCUCUAUUGGAGUCAUUCCAGCAGUAAGGAACUGAGGGCGGUCUGGGGCAGCUUGGCCUUUUAUGCCUGCAUGGUGUGCAAGACACAAUAGAAGGUGCUUGGGCCUCCCUGAUGAGUACUGCUAAGAGUAAAAACUGACAACUGCGCACUGGAGGCCCCAGACACCUACAGUGGAAUAGACAUGUGCAAAGCACCUUGAAGCACAAGUUACAGAAAGUUACACAACAGUUGCUAAUUUAGUAACUUUUUUCCUGCAAGAUGACUCCAAGAAGCAUCACUGGCAUUGUGUUCUUUGUAAGACAAACACUGCAACUAGUUCUAAUGCUAUUGCCUUGAGAGAACAGUCAACUUACCAGCAUGCAAUUUCUACAAAGAAGGGGAGUGCAGAACACUGAACACAACGUGGCUAGGGCUGCUUUCAUUAACAAUAACAGAAAAGACCAGACUCUCAGUGAGGCCAAGCAAGGUAGCAGGUCACAAAUUACAGGUCCACUUAUCUCCGAAGAGUUAUUGCCUUCCUUAAGAGUCAGCUAACUCACAAUCCCUAUGUUGCCUUUUAAACUGGCUGCCCCCUUCCACACUUCUUUUUGGGACAAUGUAACCUCACAGCAAUAAACUGAUUUGAGCUCAUUGGACCAAAUCUAUUCCGUUUAGCAGAUAUAAAACUGGAGUAACUGCACUCGUCUAAUUGAACAGAAUUUGACCCCACAAGACAUAUCGUGGUCAUUGGUAGCAGGUGAGGGCAGCCGAUAGAUGUAGGCAUAUAUAAUUAUGUAAAAUAGUUAAAAUAUUUUAAACUAGGAUUUAAAAUCUAGCUAAUGAUUGAGCAUUGACUUCAGACUAUACAUGAUGAUUUCGGAGAAGUUCCAACACCAUCUCUAGAACAAAGGGAAGGUUACAGGUAGUCAGGGCUCCAAAAUAACACACUUUUUAAAAGUUGACCAGACCCAUAUUGUGUUUCAUGAAAACACUCAAUACAAUUAAUUUCAAUUUAUUGGAGUAAUUGAAAGGCAUCGCUACGCACUCUGCAUUUCCUUGCAGAGGCUUACAACCAAAAUAUUGCAUCCAUGUAUUAGGGCAUGAGAACAAAGGGUAAGUAUAUAUAUAUUUUUUAAAGAAGUGUAUUUCCAGCCAUAGCAUGCCUUUAAACAGAUAGUUUGACAUGGGCAAAGGGCAGCCACGCUGGGCAAAUGCAGUGCUAACACUUCAGGGGUUGAGCACUGUCCUAACUUACAAGAACAAGAUCUGACCCCAUUAUGGCCGUCUGUGUAGGCAGAAGUUUCACAUACAUUCACAGCCCUGCUAACAGCAUCUGUACUAGAGCAAAACAGUUGAACAUUUACUUUCAUUUGUUCUUAAUGCUCUACGUGGGGACUUAGACAGGAUAUUGGUACAGAAUACUGGGGCAAAAACUGGAAAUUAAACUGUUUUACCCCCCCAAAAAGUACUAAGUUGGUGGAAAACCUGCAUUGGGCAUGUGAGAGAAAGAACAAGUGGUCCAAACCAGCAUCCAAUUAUUCCAACGCAGCUCAAUUUGUAUGUAGAAUAUCAUAACAGUUUCUUCUUCACCAGAGGCUGAAGGAUGUGGAAUACCAUAUAGAUCUGUCUUCUUUCAAAAACAGCCACCAUUUUUCAUUUCUUUUAUAGCU